CAUGCAGAUAAGGAUGCUGUGAGAUAUGCUGUGUAAUACAGAAGAAAGGUGUUAAAAAAAACAAAAAGAUCCUUGUGAUACUUAAUGGAGGCUCAUUUCCUGAAGCUGAAUAACUUUCUGAAGAACCAGGACCAGAAUUCUUGAGCUACAGUCAAAUGAAAUAAAAAAAAAAAAGUUUGCAAAAAACACAGAGAAGACGAUGGCAAGAAUUUUGGAUAGAAAACUCUAUAAGGAUUUACAACGUCAUCUCAAAAAACGAGUUCAUCAUCUGCCUCCAUACAGUACAACAGAACCUGUUUUCCCUGAGUUGGACGAUGAAUAUGUAUCGACUGUACCGUUUCCUGGCCCUCUGUUAAAGGACAACAUGCAGAAGGAUGACCUGAUCCGAUUUAUCCAGGGGAAAUACCAGCAACAUUUUCGACGACCGGCCGAACCCGAGCAACAGUGUUCUUAUUUUUUCUGGCUCAUUAUGGAAUGUUUUUGUAAGCGUGAUGGAAAUGCAACGAUGGCCGAAAUCGCCCCGGUCCUCUUUAAAGGCUAUCGCCUUCUGAGGAAAAAGCUGUUAGAACUCCGACUCGUUAACAAGCAGCAUAAUUGGUGCAUUCCACUGGCAAAUCUUUUAUGCUCGUCUGCUCCCGAAGAGGAACACAGAAAAGCCGUGAUUGAUAUGGGAAACAGUUUUGCCUCCAGAGGAUGGAUGUAUGAAGCACAUAUCUGCUACGUGGUGGCUCAUGUACAGUUGGGAUUCCGAAAUCGAUUUCAGCUGGUUGGAUGUGCAAAUUAUACAGUCAGUAAUUUUGCCGUGAAGGAGGCGAUUGAAAGAAGUGAGGUCUACGAAUACGUCUUGUACCUGAUCUCAGGGUUAGCCCAGCCACACUUCCAGGAGAUGAAGUUCCUUAAGAUCAUUGAUUUAUUCGAGGCCGGACUCGUUGAUCAGGCGCUCGAGUACUGCGAGGUCAUCGCCCUGACCGCCCUCCAGUUCCCUCGCUGCAUCGAGCUCAAAACUACAAAUUGGAUUAUAUACUUCUCCGAUAAACUGUUCAAAGAGAAGACAGGAAAAGAAGAAAUAGAAGAUCCGGAGUGGCUGAUGUUCUUUCGCCAGUUGCAGGAAGCCAAAUCCGAUUGUAGGUGCACUUUGAGUGACAGCAAGAAGUCCUUCUUAUGUAAAUCAGAGAUGGAGAAAAUACCCUACAUGGAGUUGGACCCUUCAAAACACGCUGAGUUUGAUUCACGAUACACUGUGGAACAGCUGCUGGGUUUUGGAGCCUAUGGCAAGGUCUACGCUGGAGUCUGUAAGGAAGAUGGGACUAAGGUUGCUAUUAAGUGUAUGAAUAAAAAUGCUUCAGAUGAAUUCAUCAACAUUCCCGGAGAUAGACGUAGCCUGGUUCUGGAGGUGGCAUUAUUGAAAAUAGUUUCCAAGCCUCCUUGUUGUAAGAACGUGAUACAGUUGCUGGAAUGGUUCGAGACGGCGACUUUCUACAUCUUGGUGAUGGAGCGAUCCAGGAUCUGCGUCAACCUCCUCCAAUACUGUCAAACUAGAAAAGGUCCGUUAUCCGAAAAUUCGGCUCGAAAGGUCAUGGUGCAGGUGAUUCAAGCUGCUCGUCACUGCUGCGAACGUGGAGUCCUUCACCGCGAUAUAAAACCCGAAAAUCUCGUGUUCGAUCCGGACACCUUUGUGGUGAAGUUGAUCGACUUUGGCUGCGCCGAUUUGCUGACAGACAUGCCAUAUUUGAGCUAUUCAGGCACUCCAGGUUUCUGGCCCCCUGAAUGGUUACUUUACGGAGAGUAUCAUGGUAUUCCUGCUACCAUCUGGAGCCUCGGUAUAGUCCUGUAUGAGUUGGUCUGUGGACGAUUGCCAUUUGAUAAUGAUAAUGAGAUUAUUGAAGGGGAUCUGCGAUUCAUUCCUGCUCUUUCUGAAGAGUGUUGUGAUUUCAUACGUUUGUGCCUGGAACAUGUUCCUCAGGAUCGGCCAAGUUUUGACGUACUCCUGAACCACCCAUGGAUUAAUAAAAAACCUACAGACACGGUCUAGAACCCUCCUGUGACUCUCACCUGUUUCAUUUCCACUGCUCAACUCCACCCCAGUAUACUCAGUCCAGUAUACUCCACCAAACUUCACAUCUAAUCUCUAGAAAACGUCACAAAAGGCCUCCACUGUUGAAGCACAAGGUCAUGAUGUGCCAGGUGUUUGCUGCUGAUAUAAGUGCAAUGGACCACCUCUUUAUUUUUGGCAGUUACAGAACUGUAUAAUGGUACAAUUGACAUAAAUAAACAAUUGUCUAUAGUUUUCCAAAAACAUUUUGAAUGAGUAAACCGAAUAAAUAACCAUUGGGAAUUAAUUUACAGAUUUAAAUUAGACCAGAAUAUAUCUUUACAGAAUCUUCCAGAAAUUGUUAAAUAUUUAAAUCCCUGCACCCAAGAGGCUCCUGUGUCGGUCACUGUAGUGAAACGGCUGUGAAUAAAUUCCC